UAGUGUGUCAUCACUGUAGUGGUUUCAGCUAUAGAAGAAAUGUAUAGUUUUCUUAAAGAAAUCCAAUCCAAUGGUAAAAUUAAGUUGAUUCUUAAUUUCUUCAAAUAACCCAUGAUCUCUGCAUAUUGAACUCAUGUUGGGUAGAGGUGAGGAAGAACUCACGAGAAUCCCAUGGCUGAUUUUGACUCAACUAAUAGUCCUCUUUCUCCUCUUCGCACUCCUCUUUUUCUUCACCCUCCUCCCUUUUGAUCCCGACCACGACCACCACAACAACCUUGUCACCGCCGACAUUCCCCCUCCGACGACGACAACCUCUUCCACUCUCUUCUUUUUCGACGAUAUUCAAAUUCACCAGAUUGACUCACCGCUUACUAAUCACGAUUCGUCGCCCACUCAUCCAACAACCACCCUGCAGCAGGGUGGCCAGAACCUAUUAAUAAAAGGCGAAAUAGCAAAGGGUCCAAGUUCAAGCAUGAGAAGGGAAGAAGAGAUUAUGGAGGAGGAGGAGGAAGCUUCAUCAUUGUAUUUUCACCCUUGUCAUUAUUUUCAGUUAGCCACGGUAGCAUUUCUCAAAUGUUUCGGCUUGGAUUCUACAUCUGAUAGCCCUUCAACACGAAGACAUAGGAAAAGAAAAGAAAGCUGAUUAUGAAAAUUAUGUAAUUGUCAGCCAUUAUGAACAGUUUCUUUAUCAAUUCUCUUGUAGCCCGAUGUUCUACGCAACUUGGUGGGACAGAAGAAAUUCUGUUCUUGUAGCAUAAUGACGCUUGCUUAAUUUAACAAAUUAACCCCACGGCAAUUGGGUAGAGAUUAGAGAAGCAAAAUCACCAAGUUGUCUUA